AUGUCUCCUAUUCUGACGAAGGACUCUGUCACCGUUAGCGUGGAUGGGGUUGUCUAUUAUCGGGUCCAAAAUGCCACCCUGGCCGUGGCCAAUAUCACCAACGCCGACUCCGCCACCCGGCUUCUGGCCCAGACCACUUUGAGGAACGUGCUGGGGACCAAGAACCUGUCCCAGAUCCUGUCCGACAGAGAAGAAAUCGCCCAUAACAUGCAGUCUACCCUGGACGGUGCCACAGAUGACUGGGGUAUUAAGGUCGAGCGGAUGGAGAUUAACGACGUGAAGUUGCCCGUCCAGCUACAGAGAGCAAUGGCCGCCGAAGCCGAGGCCACCCGUGAAGCCAGAGCCAAGGUUAUAGCCGCUGAAGGAGAAAUGAACGCCUCCCGGGCUUAAAAAGCCUCUCUGGUAAUCUCCGAAUCGCCAGCCGCUCUGCAGCUGCGCUACCUGCAGACGCUGACCAACAUCGCUGCGGAAAAGAACUCCACCAUCGUCUUCCCGCUCCCCAUCGACAUGCUGCAGGGCAUCGUCUCCGCGGGCAGGAAGUAAACCGCCG